CAGAGCGAGUUGAGUUUAAUGCUGGCCUUGGUGAACCUGAUAACGCACCUGCCGUUCACUGACGUGCCAGUCCUUCGAGACUACCAGCUAGGCCCGCUGCGGCAGGAGUACGACUACGUCAUCGUGGGCGGUGGUUCGGCGGGCUCCGUGAUCGCCAACCGGCUCUCGGCGAAUCCGAGCGUCACGGUGCUCCUUCUAGAAGCCGGAGGACUGGAGACGCCCUCGCGGCAGAUCCCAGCUGCCGCGCCGUUGAAUCUCAGGGGUCACGACGACUGGGACUACUGGACCGUUCCGCAAAGGAAUGCCGCGCUUUCUUAUCGCGACCAGCGGCUGUCCCUCUCGCGGGGCAAGGUGCUCGGCGGCAGCAGUGUCCUCAACUUUAUGAUCUAUACUCGCGGAAACCCGAAAGACUACGACCGGUGGGCCAGCAAGUACGGCGCCAAGGGGUGGUCGUACGAGGACGUCUUGCCGCAUUUCAAGGCCAUCGAAGACUAUCGCGUGGGGACGCCAGACCGUGAGCACACCCAAUCACAAGCGGUUCAUAUUUGUGUCCAGUUAGUUAGGCUCGGUGAUGACGUAUGUCGGCGCCUGAUAUUCGUGAAGAGAGUAAACGUGCUACAGUUUUGGGAAGAGAGUAAAUGGACUACAAUUUCGGGAACAGUCGCAUUCGGGAAUAUCACUUUAUGGCGUUCGCAGGCUGAUCAGUUGCGCCGAAACAAACGUAUAACGAUGAAGUACCAUGGAACAGGCGGCGAGGUGCCAGUGGAUUACUCCAAUACCAGCACGCGCCUCAGCCAGCUUCUUGUGGAGGCGUGCAAGCAGUCGAACUACCCCUACGUCGACUUCAAUGGCGCCACGCAGUCAGGCUGUUCUCGCCUGCAGCACAAUGUGGCGGACGGCGAGCGCUACAGCGCAAGCAAAGCCUUCAUACGACCCAUCGUCGGGAGACGCAAGAACCUGCAGGUGGCAUUAUUCAGCCAGGUCACAAAGAGAGCUUCGCCGUGCCUGCGGCGAUUCAGAUUGAUCUAUCUUCAAACACAGGUGAACUUCAAAGAAAGGCGCGCCACGGGCGUGUCGUUCACCAGAUACGGGCAGCCACAGAACGCAUCGGCAAGGCGAGAGGUCAUCCUAUCCGCGGGAACCGUAGGCUCCACCCAGCUGUUGCUCCUCUCCGGUGUCGGACCCAAAGAGCAGCUGGAGAGGCUGAAGAUUCCCGUGGUGGCUGACCUUCCGGUGGGACGUAACCUGCAGGACCACCCAGCUAUCAUGCUGGGAUUUCCCAUCAGCACAGACGUGGAUGCCGGUAUUCCGCCAUUCAGCCUGGACGACAUAGCGCGGUACGCGGGCAACAGAACCGGUACGAUAUCCAUACCGGGAAGCAGCGAGUUUGUGCAGUUCUUGCACAGCGACUAUUCUACAGAUCCCGACGUCCCGGACGUCGAAAUUGCGACGAUUUCUACCUCACCAUCAAGUCAAUUACUCAAGUAUUUUAUGGCACAACUCGGCCUACUGCCAGAGGCAUUCGACAGCCUUGUUGGACCCACUAACGGUCGGCCCGGAUUUCGUGCGGUAUCGAUAUUGAACCGGCCCAAAUCCCGAGGCUCCAUUUCCUUGCGCUCAGCGCAUCCCAACGACUACCCUGAUAUAGACCCAAACAUCCUCGAGCACCCUGACGACCUUAGGGCGGUAGCUCAAGGCACAAAGGCCUUCAUCGACAGGGUGCUGAAUACGGAUGCCAUGAGAAGCAUCGGUGCCAAGCCAUGGAACGUCACCUUUCCUCCGUGUGCCGAGGCAGGAGCACUGUGGAGUCAGCAGUACAUCGAGUGCGUUUUCCGGCACGGCGCUCAAACGGUGUGGCACCUCUGCUGCACCGUGGCUAUGGGAACGCAUUCGGAGGCAGUACUGGACGAACGUCUCCGGGUCCGAGGCGGCUUGACUGGUCUGCGCGUGGCUGACGCUUCAGUUAUGCCCGACGUCAUAACUGGUCACACAAACGCGCCAAGCAUGAUGAUCGGCAGCAAGGCGGCAGCGAUGAUCAUAGAGGACCACGUGAAGAUGGAUCUGAACGCCACGGCGCCCGCCCCGUGGAGUAGCGUUCCGGCGGCCCAGCCAGCGCUAGGCCUGCUGUACGGCGUCGUCAACAUGCUGGUGCACGCGCACAUCACGGACCUACCCGAUCUCGGCGACUACGAGCUGGGAGAGCUCCGGCAGCACUACGACUACGUAAUCGUCGGCGGCGGUUCCGCGGGCUGCGUCAUCGCCAACCGACUGUCCGCGGAUCCAAGCGUCACGGUGCUCCUCCUGGAAGCCGGAGGACUCGAGGAAGCCUCUCGGCAAAUCCCCGCUUUCGCGCCGUUCCACAUGAGAGGCCGCGACGACUGGGACUACUGGAGCGUGCCGCAAAAGCACGCUGCCUUCUCCUUUCGGAACCAGCGACUAGCGCAUUCGCGUGGCAAGAUGCUCGGUGGAAGCAGCGGGCUGAACUUCAUGAUGUACACGCGAGGCAACCCUGGGGACUACGACCGCUGGGCCAGAGAGUACGGAGCGGAAGGGUGGUCGUACGAAGACGUGUUGCCGCACUUCAAGGACAUCGAAGACUACCGUGUGGGUCCAGUGGACGAGUAUCACGGCACUGGAGGCGAGAUACCGGUGGACUACGCGAACGCCAGCUCACGUCUCACCCACCUCCUUAUGGAGGCGUGUGAGCAGGCCGGUUACGCUCACGUGGAUUACAACGGCCCUACGCAAUCAGGCUGCUCCCGACUGCAGACCAACGUCGCGAACGGAGAGCGUUUCAGCGCCAGCAAGGCUUUCAUCCAGCCCAUCGUCAGAGCACGGAAGAAUCUACAUGUAGCACUCCUCAGCCACGUGACGAAGGUGAACUUCGACGGAAAGCGUGCCGUGGGCGUAACGUUCAUUAGACUUGGCCGGCCGCGAAGCGUGACCGCAAGGCGAGAGGUGAUCCUCUCCGCAGGAACUGUGGGAUCCGCUCAGCUUUUGCUGUUGUCCGGAGUUGGGCCCAGAGAAGACUUGGAACGGUUACAGAUUCCGGUGGUUGCCGAUCUCCCAGUCGGCCGCAACCUCCAAGACCAUCCAGCUCUCGUUCUUGGCGUUCCCGUUAGCACCGACGUGGACGUAGGCAUACCGCCUUUAAGCUUCGCCGACAUUCAACAGUACGCCUUCAACAGAACAGGCACAAUAUCCAUACCCGUGAACAACGAGUUUCUGCAGUUCCUGCACACCGAAUAUGCUGAGCAUCCCAACGUCCCGGACAUCGAGGUGGCAACCUUUGGUACAUCACCGGCAACUCAGUUGUUAAAGGCGGUGGCGGUGGAGCUGGGACUGCUGCCAGAGGCUUUUGACAGCUUAAUUGGGCCCGCUGACGGUCGGCAUGGCUUUCGAGCAGUAACAAUCCUCAACCGGCCAAGGUCACGUGGCUCCAUCUCACUGCGCUCCAAGAACCCAUUCGACCAUCCAAACAUCGACCCAAACAUGAUGGAGCACCCUUACGAUGCGAAGGCGCUUGCUCAAGGAUCUAAGAUCUUCAUCGACCGGAUAUUGAGCACGGACGCCAUGAAGAGUAUCGGCGCCAAGCCGUGGGGAGUGACCUUUCAGCCGUGCGCCGACGCGGGACCCCUCUGGAGCCAGGAGUACAUCGAGUGCCUUUCCCGGCACACCACAAUAGCGGCUUGGCACCUCUGUUGCACCGCAGCCAUGGGCUCUCAUCCUGAAGCAGUCCUGGACGAACGCCUCAGGGUCCGAGGCAACGUGACGGGCCUGCGAGUGGCCGACGCCUCCGUGAUGCCCGACAUAAUAACCGGUCACACAAACGCGCCAAGCAUGAUGAUCGGCAGCAAAGCAGCAUCUAUGAUCAUCGAGGACAAUGGAGGAGAGAGAGAGAGAAAUUUAUUUACAGAAAGGCAGAGAGGUCGGCAUGAGCUGUAACUUUCUCUGACCUGCUACUCUACACUGUGGAAAAGGGACGGGGAGGAAAAGGGUUAAUGAAUGAUGAUGGUGAUUAUGAUGAUAAGAGGAGGAGGUGUGUAAGUUUACAACAUUGUGGCACGAAUGUAUGAGGAUUACAAAGCGUAUAUAUUAUUUGGUUAAAGGAAUGGACAAUGGAGGAGUUCAGUGAAAAGACCAUGGACACCACAGCUGGUUGCUUUGCCGGACUACAGUAUCAAGUACGAUAGUCCAUGCCUUCGGGUUGCUGUUCCCCAGCAACGUGGACUCGUAAUGGAACGUACAAUUUCGACGGUGUUUGCCGCCUCUUUUAUACAGCGCCUUAUGUUCCCAAAGAAAAGUACAGUGCUGAUCUAGGGCUAAUAAAAUGUUACAAAUGUUGCCACUGGAAGUGGCACAUACAGUUUUCUGCACAGGAUACGCCACUCCACCCCUCCUGGGUACUGCUGCAACCAUGAUUAUGAGAAUGCCUGCAACGUCCUUCGUGAGUACUCGAAAUACGCCAUGUAAAGAGGAACGUUAACGAGAGAACUAGGAAAUCUCGACAAACGCCCCCUU